CCUUCGUCCCUCCCUCCGUGGACACUUCCCCCCCACCCCGCCCUCAUCGCCGUGUCCGCGUCUCGCUCGAACGUGUCGCAAGAGUUGAUUUUGUGAGAAGCACCAGAGGCCAUGGCACCCAAGAAGGACGUGAAAAAGCCCGAGCCGGCAAAACCCGCGGCAAAGGCAGCGGCACCCGCCGCCGCCGCUGCUCCGGCACCGGCCCCAGAGCCCGCGCCUCCACCACCCCCGGCCAAGAUCGAUUUCUCCACCGUGAAGAUCGAGUUCUCCAAAGAUCAAUUGGAAGAGUACAAGGAGGCGUGGACCCUCUUCGACAGGCGUGGAGACAACAAGAUCACGCUGAGCCAGGCCGGUGACGUGAUGCGCGCCCUGGGCCAGAACCCCACCAACGCCGAGGUCGCCAAACUCCUCGGGAACCCCAAGCCUGAUGACUUGGCCAACAACACGCUCGACUUCGAGCAGUUCCUGCCCAUCCUGCAGACCCUCGCCAGCGCCAAGGACAAGGGGACCUUCGAGGACUUCGUGGAGGGUCUGCGCGUCUUCGACAAGGAGGGCAACGGCUUGCUGCUCGGCGCUGAGCUGCGCCACGUGCUGGCUACGCUCGGUGAGAAGAUGGUCGAGGAGGAGGUAGAGACGCUUCUCGCGGGACACGAGAACGCCGACGGAUACAUCAACUACGAGGCCUUCAUCAAGCACAUCCUGACCAGUUAAGCGACUCAAGGAGAGCUGGAUCGGCGAGCGGAAAAUCCGACUCCGUCCCAGACCUCGGGCCCGGCCCCUCCCGCACCCCGACUCCCCCUGGCCCCCACCCCUCCACUCGACAUCACACACACGCACACCGGCAAAUUAUUAAAUUAUUUUUCUAUACAACUCCCCCGGACACCGCUGGGCAAAAAAAAAAGUCUACAACAGCGAGAGCCGGGCUGAGAUGACCAUCACGGGCCCUGGCGAGAAACCACCACGAUAGCAACAACAACACAGAGCAGCAAACAACAACAACAACAACUGCCCUCGAGAGAGAGAGAGAGAAACGAGCAGAGACCUCUGCAUCACCACCCCCCACCACCACCCACGACGCACGAUCCGGACGAUCCCACGCGCGAUGUCACCUCGACGAAGUCUGCGCGGCGGCCGUCAGUGGCGGCGAGGAACGUGAACCCCCCGCCCAGCCCCCCCCCCCCCCCACAUCUCCCAACUUCCACCACGCAGGAGAGGGGAGCAACGUAGGGGAGCGGUGGGUGUCCAACGCGCUCCGACGCGGCGCCGGAACUCAUUCAAUAAACCUCGUGUUUACGCAAA